AAAAAAUGUGCGUAUAUCAGUAAUUGGAGACAAAUCAAAGCUUCCAAAGUCACUGCAGGAAUCAAUAGCCACCGCAGAGGAUACAACAAGAGGCAACACUGGACUCCAUCUUAUGAUGGCAUUAAACUACAGUGGACGAUACGAUAUAAUGAAAGCAAGUAGAAGCAUAGCCAGCAAAGUGAAAGAUGGCUUUCUUCAAGUUGAAGAUAUAAAUGAAACCCUAUUUCAGAAUGAACUUGAAACAAAAUGUGUGGAAUUUCCGAACCCGGAUUUGCUUAUACGAACAAGUGGGGAACAAAGAAUCAACAAUUUCUUCCUGUGGCAGUUGGCCUACUCAGAAGUCUACUUUCCAGAAAAAAAGUUUCCUGACUUUGAAGAAAAAGAUUUCAUAGGGGCCUUAAGUUCAUUUCAGAAAAGGAAUAGGCGCUAUGGAGGAAACGAAUAG